AUGUUGAAUAAUACAGAUAUUCUCGAAUCAACAUUGGUUAAAAGUAUUUUUAAUAAUCCAAACAAUAAAUAUUGUGUAGAAAGAUUUUCAAUAGCAAGAUGUUAUUUACGAGCCUUUGUUUAUAUGUUAGCUUAUCUUUGUUCAGCAUUUUCUCUUUUACCACAAAUUAUUCAUCUAUUUAAUUAUCGUACACGAUAUAUAGCUGGUAUUAGUUAUAUAUGGAUUAUAAUUCGAGUAUUGGCUUUAAUUUUCUUAAUAAUAGGUCAUGUUUUUAAAUGGGCAUCGAUAUUGGAAUUAAUGGCAUUUAUAUCAACAAUAGCAGUCUUCAUACAAAUUAUUCUAUUUUCAAAGAAUCUUCAUCGACAAAAUAAAAUAAAUUUAAUUAUUAUUAGUGUAUCCAUAUGGAUUAUUGGUUUAAUUAUAGUUUUUUUCUUUAGAAAACAAAAAGAUUUGUUAAUAAAUAUUGGUUACAUUUUACUUGCCAUGCAAAUGUUAUCACAAGUUUUACUUAAUUCUUUGUUAAGAACAACGAAAGCUUUAUCAAAAUUUUCAAUAACUUUAUUAGCGAUGAGUGAUGGAUUUUUAUUUUCUAUUACUCUUGCAAAUCAUUCUCAAUUAUUGAAACUUAUUGCAGUUUAUUAUUCAUUUUCAUUAUUCUUAUUUAUUUUUCUACAAACUGUGAUUCAUAAUGAUGAACAUAUACAUUUAAUAUCUCGUUCAACACAUGCUGUUCUUACACCAGGUGUUGAUAUAUUUACAGGACUUGAUAUUAAUGGAGUACAAAGUAUAGAACAAGAUUCGCAAAUGUUUUCAAUUGAAGAUUUCGAACUAACGAAUGGAAUGGAUAUUGUUUAUGUACCAGUUACAACAAAUAAAUCAUCAAUACAAACAGAUGAACAAACAUCAAUGAAAAAAUGUGUUUGGUAUGCAAAACUCGGAUGUAUUUUUGUUAUUGAAAUUAUUGUUACAAUAAUACUGUUCGGUUAUAUUUGGUCAUUAUGGAUAAUAUUUGUUCCUAUUUCGAUUCUUGUUAUUCUUGGUAUCUUCUUUUUAUUACGUACUAGAUUAAGUGAUUUGCAAACAAACCAUUUGAAAAAUAUUUUAUAA